AUGCAAGGAGGAGUUCGGCGUAAGGCCGAUUUGCUGCCUCGUUACCGUGGACAGAACAAUGGUGGGAAGGGAAAGGGCUCGUAUUUGACCACACCUAUGAAAAAGGCUAUAAUUUAUGCUCUUCUGCUGGGAGCGGUGUUUUUCGCAGUUCAUACGCUAGUGCUGGACAGCAAAAGACCACAGCCUGAAUUUGAGCUCGAAGACGGGUCAAACGAGCUGGAUUUUGGUGGGAAAUCAAGCGAAACAGGUGGACUGUUAGAUGCAGCUCAAAAAAUGGCUUUGCAAGCGGGACAAGCACCAGCUCAGGGUGCUGACCAGCAAGCCGUUUCCAAAAGCUCCGAAAUGCAAGCCAGUAAGCCCCAGGGCGCUCCCAAAGUGCCGAAAGAACAGUUCAACAACGAGGUGGCCAUGCAACAAGAAGUGAAAAACCUAGAAGAACACGAACAAGAAUACCAAAAGUCGAAAACGCCUAGCGCCAAAGAUACCAAACAGGGCGUGGGCAACGACGUGAAAGCCGACAAGCAGCAAGCAAGCCUGGCGGACGAAGAAAUCGUGGAUGAGCAGGCCAAAAAGAUUAACGACAAGGCGCCGUACAAGAAGACGGAUACCUCCAAGCAGGUUGAGAACCAAAAAGCCGGCAAGAAGGUCGGCGCUAAAGGCGCUGGUGCUGUAGCAGAGGCCUAA